AUGCCGCCACUGGAUGACCGUCGCGCAAGACCGAGCCGCCUGGAGAACGUGUGGUCCACGCUGAGAAGCGAAGAUGGACCAUCAAAGUAUCAAAGUAAGUAAGUUGCAACCAAAAGUUGAUUCCAGGCAGGAUUUCUUGAUUUUUCACUCUGGUCUUAUCACGGAAUGAAGUUCACGGAGCGCUUCUCAAAAAUAAACUUAAAAAGGGCAAGAUCAGAUAAGAAAAAAAGAUUACGUGAAAAUGAACGCGACGAUUCGGGGGACGUCCUCGUCAUUACAGCGCCCGUCCACCGUCGGAGCACCUUGCCAACUUCUCAAAGAUGAGCGUUCCGGAAACCGUCGAGCCUCAAUGGGUCGCCGCCAACCUUGGCGUAAGUUUGUCACUCAUCCAGGCAGCCGGGUCGCAGGAGAUUCAUCGUGCGACUCGGCUGGACUAGGGCGUUGCUUAAAACUAGAAGAGCUUUGAUAUACAGCCCUUCAAGAUUCUCCGUUGAUUUUGCGUCAAUUUAAUGGUAAAUAUGAAACAGCUGGAAAUUUUCGAUACCAGGGAGCCCCAGAAACAGGAAACUGAUAGAGUCCACUUGCAGAACAUCAAGCUGUUGGACGCGACGUACACGAUGAAGCCAAAGAUGGAUCCCAACGAGUUCAAGGCCAAGUAUUACGGCAAAUUCGGCGUCAUGAUGCAUGAACUGGUCCGUUUUUUGAUACUCUUUUGAAAUUGAAGCGCAUCUUUCAGAAAAACCAAGAAUACCUGGCGGAGCAUAUCACCGGCGCCGCUCAUUUCAACGCCGACAUUGCAUACUACCCAACUGAGUUUGUUUUUAGUAGAUGUUUAAAGCAGCAAUGAUAUUCGAAAAGUACCCUUUAAAAUCGAAGAGGCGUCAGCAUUGCUCAUGUUACCUCAGCAAGGGCAUGAAUUACAAAACAACCUAAAAAAAGAAAAACAAAACCAGCCCAGUUCAUGCCAGAAAAUGACACUGUUUCAGAAACGAGCGUUUCGCCCUGUACGACUCGAAGGACUUUGAACAAUAUGUGCGUCGCCUUGGCGUGAACGUCGGCGACCAUUUGGUCAUCUACAGCCGUGGCCCCAACGGCGGCAUUCCGUUUGCGGCCCGUGCCUGGUGGACGUUCCGCGUGAGUUGCCCCGGACUCGGCGCGGUUUACGCGCCAUUUGUAGCUCUACGGCCACAACACGGUGAGCGUGAUGAACGGCGGUCUGGAGGCGUGGAAGGCCAUCACCGGCGUCGUCAAGUCUGGCGAAGACCUCAUUUCGGUAACGAAGGAGAUGUCGUUUUUGAUCCUGAUCUGAGCGAUUUAGCCUGGAAACUGGGAGGCGAAGCCGCUGGACAAGACCUCGCUGGCCAGUUUCGAAGAGAUUCCCUUUGACAACCUCGGCAGCGUCGUCUACCUUGACGGCCGUCCGAAGGAGCUCUGGACUGGCAAGGAGCCCCUGGGAUAUCCCAACUCUUGUGAGCCUUUUCUUUUGUUUUUUCUAAAGCUUUUUAGAAGCUUUUUUCAAGUUACAAGGCUUCUUCUUCACCUGGAUAAAAUCUUUUUAUACCUGGAGAAAACUUUUCAGCGGCCACUGGAUCCCGUGUCAAGGGAGCCAAGCAUUUCCCACUGACGGAGGUCAUCGGCCCCAAGGGCUACAAGAAGAAGACGGACGUUGAUGCUGGUUUGUCCUUGGGUCAUUGACCGGAUGUAGCAUUUUUGUGAAAUGGAAUUUUUGCAAGUUUUAGUGGUCCCUCUAGAGGUUAAGGGGAAAACAGCCCGUAAGAUAUAGACUAGCAUGUCCCCUUUAGGGUCCACUAACUAUAAGCCUUGAAGGGACCGUUUUAGUGGUCCUUAUAGGGGUUAAGGGGAGAAACAGCCCGUAAGUUAUUGACUAUAACGUCCCCUAUAGGGUCCACUAACUAUAUAGAGACCGCUUUUGCACGUUUUUGUGGUCCCUAUAGGGGUCAAGGGGAAAAACAGCCCGUAAGUUAUCGACAAGCAUUUCAUCUAUAAGGUCUACUAACUAUAAGCCUUGUAGCGACCACUUUUGCAAGCUUCAGUGGCCCCUAUAGGGGUUGAUAGAGUGGUUCCAAGGGCCCCUAAGGUUGCCCCAUAGGGACCACUCUGGAAAUUACGUCUCAUUCAUUGUCGCCAUGAGAACAAUUCCAAUAGUUUUCAAAUUCAGUGAAAAUCCAUGAAAUUUCAGCCAUUUCCAAGCUGAACAUCCAACCUGGCCAACAGGUGAUUCUGUCGUGCAACCUGGGCGUCGGCGCCGCAGCUCUUUACCUCGCCUUUGCCCGCUCUGGCAUCCCCGCCAAAGUGUACAAUGUUGGUUUUUUUUUCUUUUUUUGAAGCUCGAAAAGUGCUAAUUUUAAAAAAAAUUGUUAUUUUUAUCACUGGAGCACGUUUGACUAUUAAAAAGUUGGCCUCAGAAGGCUCAUUUCUAAAAUUGAACAUUUUAUCGAUGGAGCUGGCCUCACUGACGUUUAUUUUGUUGUAAAUUUGAACUAAAGUCUCAAGCAGCAUAUUUUGCUAGUUUUUAAGAGGCUCUAAUUCCUUUUUUGAUUUGAAUUGUCUCGGGAAAUUUUUUUGAAAUUGUUUUUUUCCAUUCUGAAAAAAACAUUUGUUAGAAGUUUAUUUCACUGGCUAUAACUUUUUUUUCCGAAUAUUAAAAUUGAAUACUUGCAGGGAUCGAUGCACGAGCUGGCCCACCGAAACCCCGGAGUCAUCACGGAGAAGGGACAGUAA